CCAAAUUCAGUUUUGGACGUUUGUUUGCUGAGUUCGGAUUACUUUGGCGUUACUUUUUAUUUCCAUUUUCCUUACUGUCUGAUUUUAAGCAAAUUGUUAUUGUUCCAGAUAAUGCAAAAAUUUGCUGCAAUAGUUAUGGUUGUCUGUUGUUUUGACCUCACACAAACAAACAAAAGUAAUCGGGAGUCUCUCGACUUCGUGUUUGCCGAUCCAGACGACGAGUUGGGCAGACAGUGCCUCAGAUUCAGUUACCACUUCUGCUUGAUGGGAUUUCGGUCCACAAUGAACUAUGGUGACCGACAGCCACAGCACACUGACAGGGACAACUUUUUCAAAGUCAUUGUCAAUCAUUACCGCGAGAUCAACUGGUUCUCCUUCAAGCCAGAAGAUGGAAAAAUGGGUUGCUGCAACUAUCAAGUGCAAUCAUACACCCUACACGGACAAGCCAAUGGCCUCUCGCCGAGCCAAUACGUGGAUAAAAUAUUCAACCUCAGCAACUCAACACGAACUAUGGAUUUGGUAUACAUCAAGGCCAAAUGGAGCAGUGACUUGUGUGUAAACGUCAUCAGCCAAGUCGGAUUCGGCAAAGGCGACUUGAAAAUUGUUGGAGGUCGUGGAAAGAGAUUCAACUUUGUAAUUCCUCCUCUGGGAAAAGAAAACAGGGGAGAAUUCAUUGCUCUCACUGGACCCCGGAUUGCGGCAAAUUUAAACUUUAAGUGGUUCAUUGCUAACAUAAUUUGUGAUGAGAAGCCGAAUUUGUGCCCAACUCCGAGGGGUGGAAACGCUAUUUCGAGAAACAGUUGACGCUGGUCCCCAGUCAACCAAACGGAAAACUGAACUGAUUGUUAUUUGU